UCACAUUUGUCAUUCACAUGUCAUUCAUCCCAUUCAUCUAAUUCAUUCAUCCAUAAAAUUAAAAAAAAAAUUAAACAACUAUUGGUACUUGAAAUGCAUCAGCACUGCUGCACCAACAAAUAUUCGCCCGUAACACACGUUAUCUUUGACCUAGACGGAACAAUUCUCGAUUCCGAGGGUUUAUACGUGCAAGUAUUGAAAACGGUCGUGGAAAACCAUAAUCGCGUCUUUGACGACGAGUAUGUAUUAAAAGUGAAGGGGAGCGUCGAAGGUGACGUAGCCAGAAUUGCCGUGGAGGGUUUCCAAUUGGACAUUACCGAAGAACAGUUCUUGGAUGAGUACCAUGAGUACGUUUACGCCCAAUUGGGGGAUUUGGACUUAAUGCCAGGUGCCGAACGAGUGAUAAAACACUUAUACUCCCACAACGUCCCGAUGGCAAUCGCCACCUCGUCGACCCCAAAAGCUUUUGGCAUAAAAAGGAAAAAACACGAAGAACUGUUCGCUCUAUUCGAUCAUAUCGUGUGCGGUGGCGGCGACCCGGAAGUACUCAACGGUAAACCCGCCCCAGAUAUAUUUCUGGUAGCGGCGGCACGUUUUCCAACUAAACCAAAACCCAGCGAGUGUUUAGUGUUCGAAGAUUCCGGAAACGGGGUGAAAGGAGCUUUGGCGGCGGGCAUGCAAGUGAUCAUGAUUCCCGACCAGUCUGUGCCCCAUGACGUUUGGAAAUCGGCCCACAUGCGACUGGAUUCUUUUAAUUAUUUUGUUCCCGGAGUGUUCGGAUUGCCGCCGUUUCCCCAAGAGGACUUGGCCCUGGUGUUUGCCGACACUAGACUGGAUCCGGUUAGGUCCAUGAAGGAUGUUUUUAUUAUUCCAGAGGAGCGGGCUGAAAAGAAUUUAGAAGUAAACGAGGUGCUAGAGAAGGAGUCGUAACGCGUUGAAGCGAGUACAUUGUGGGCCAUUUUUCAUUUCGCAAAGGCUAAUAUUGAGCUGCAAUUUAUUCUGUUGUUGACAUACAGGGCAAAAAGAAAAAGUUUCAUUUUUAA